UUCAGAGCUAAGAAGUCAAUGAGAUGAGAUUGUUUCCCUCUAACUUAAAACGACUCAGAUUAGCAUGUAGUGGUAUUAUCUCGACUGUUUUACAUGGAAGUCCCAGAAGAAUGGCAUCCGUCGGGGAAUCUGAUCGCGGCAGUGGUCUACUUGGAAGAGGAGAAGGUGGUGGCGCCACCAGUUCCACCGCUCCUAGGCAGAGUUACUAUCACUGCUACAACUGCGACCGGACGGUGAAAAUCAUCGCUACUAAUCAACUAAUCUGUCCUAAUUGCAACGGCGGGGUUCUGGAAGAAUUGGGAAGUAUUCCUCCUCCACCUCCAUUACCUCUCAGGUCCACCAGCUAUUUUCAUCCCUUCUUCCCUCCCUUCCACACCGCCGGCUUUGAAUCCGACUCCGACGCGGAGUCAGAGCUCUCAUGCCCUCUACCUCCCCCGCCGCCGCCAUUCUUCGCCACCAGCACUGACCGCAGUUUCAGUUUCACCGACCUUCUCCCUCCUCCUCCGCCUCCGCCUCCGCUUCCGCCGCGGUCACUGUCAAAUCGGUCCACCGUCUCUAUAAUCUCUGGCCUCGAAAUUGAUUUUUCCGAGCCUCUUUCGCCAGACAGAGCUCACAAUUUCCCAACCCCACCGCCACCGCCGUUGCCGCCUAUUAUCUCCGACAGGAGAGUACAUCGACUUCCUCCUCCUCCUCCUCCACCCCCGCCGCCGCCGCCACCACUACCUCGACCACCACAAUCAGCAGCUCACCAUAUUUCCCACCGCCUCCCACCGCCACCUCCUGCGCCGGAACCACCCGUGUACAAUCGCACCACCGUCGCUAUGAUAUCCGGUCUCGAAAUUGAUUUCUCCGACCCUCUUCUUGCUGAGGGAGAUCAAUAUUUCUCAAACCCGCCACCGCCACCCCUUCUGUCUACCAUCAACCCGAGCUCCGCCACCACUAGGGGAAUCCACCUAUCAUAUCCUCUCCCACCACCGCCGCCGCCGCCGCAGGUGCAAUCCAUGAACAGCUGGGAUUAUUUUUUCCCUGCGAUGCCGGAGCCGCUCAUCCAGGCCACUCGUAUGCCUGCAAUUAGCGUGAUGGAAGUGGAGGACGAGGAUAGAACGGUGUCACUGGAUACAAAGAAGAUAACUGAAGAAAUGUUGUUGGGCUGGGAGUGUCGCUCUCAAUGCGCGGUUUGUAUAGACAACUUUGAGGUGAAUCAAGUAGUAACGCAAAUGCCUUGUAAGCACAUGUACCAUUCUGAUUGCAUAUUGCCUUGGUUGGCAUCUCACAACACUUGUCCAGUUUGUAGGUAUCGGUUAAACUAAGUAAAUAGUUGAGUAUUUAUACAAGAAAAUUUUCUAUCAAGCCCUUCCAACAAUCAUGGAUCUUUUGUACAAUAUCAGUUUUAGAGUUGGUUUUGUAAGUUCCUGAAAAAUAUCAUGUAUAAUAAUGCAGAAGAAAUUUCUUGGUGAUGGCUGAUUAGUUUUAUCUGUGCACUAGGAAAUAUUGAUGACUAUCGGGAUCUGAUCUAUCUUGGCUAACCAAGUUUGUAUA